GAACUCCGAGCAGAGAUCCAUCGCCUCUCCUCCCGUUUGGCGGCAUUGGAAGUCCGCUUGGACGAGAAGGGCAAUGCUGCCAGCGCCGUUGUGGUGGAACCAGAACCGACAGCCCCGCCGGCACUGCCAAAGGCAGAGGACGCUGAGAUCGCCGAAGAGAAGCCAGUUCAACUAGCUGAGAGCGCUUGGAACCUUUUUGCCGUUGUGGGGCUCACGGACGCUGGAUGGCUGGACGCGCUAUUUUCGGUUCUGAUCCUGCUUGCGAAUGUUGUUAUGCAGACCUUGUUCAUCAACAUUCUGUUUAACAAAAGCUUCCUUGGAGAUCCGUUUGAGACCAACGUGAAGAACACGAGAAUCUGGCGAACAAGCUUGGCACACUCCUUCAGGUACAUGGACCUGUCGCAGACGAGCCUUGUGACCCGCGUCUGCGAUGAAGACAGCUCCCUCCUCGUUGCCUCCACGCAGGCCAAGUUGCUCUCGGACAUCAACAAGUUCCUGGGAAUACAAAAGACUGCCUUCGAAGCCACCUUCGAUCAGCCAGGUGUCACACUUUGCAUGCUGUGCAUCAUCUUGUGGAAUCUCUGCGUGUAUCGUGAACUUCGAAACAUUUGGCUGAACCUGCAGGCGGUGCUGCAGCUGCCGCGGGCACAAUCUACGGAGCUCCACCAGGGAACCUUCCGAAGUCUCUCCUUCUGGCGGUUUUCCAUCAUCGUGAUGGCCUACAUGCUUCGUGCUGCACUCGCAAUUGCGCUGCUGGUCGGUGGAACGCAGUGGCUGGGGCGCACCACCUCCAUUGUGGACCUGAUCCUGAACGCCGUGGCUCUGAAUGGCAUCUUGGACAUCGACGAGUUCCUCUUCGAGGCGAUGGUGCCCACGAAGAUCCAGUUGGCGAUCCAAAAGCUUCAGCCGAUACAGCUGAAAUACACGAAAGGGAAGAGCCAGGCGGAGUCAGCUUUCAACUUCACGAUGUUGCUCAUAAUGCUCUUGGUGCCUUACCUAGUGCUCAUCGUGCCGCUGACCCAGAGAAUGCUCGAAGUGAAGCGGGAGAUGUGCUUCGGCAUCCAGAACUUCGUCGUCGCCUACAAUUCCGAUGUCGGAAUGGCCUACGGGCUCAUGACCAACGAGAAGCGCUUCGUAAACGCGCUGACCUUGGCCGAGGAGGCCGUGAACGAAUACAAGUUCAAGCUAGACGGGCCCUGGACGCCGGCGCUUCGGAUACUGUGA